UGAAGCUGGACUGGAGCGUUUGAGUGUCUGGCCGUCCUGCCUUCGCCCACGGUUUGAUGUCCGGCGCCUGUUUUAGGCCGUGCACGUUUGUUUUCCUCACCAGUGAUUCCUUAUGCUUGAUAGAAGCUGCACCCUGUGUCUUACAGAAUGGAUGGUGUGGACUUAAAGGGACUCGUGUGUCUACGUCAGCGAUCUGUUUUCUGCUGUGGUGUUCAUUCUCAUACUAUUUACAAGAGAACACCUCCCAUCCUACACCUCCACUCUCUGCACUAUAUAUAUAAAGACCGUCUUUAAGCAAUAAAAGAAGACUGCUGGAGAUAGAAGUUAGAAGACUUUCUAUCUUUUUCUUUUUUCGUUUUAAAGCACAGAUCGAUUCUGCUUUAUAUAAGCUUAUUUUAUGGCGAAGAUGGAAGCGUCCUUAUUUUAAUUCUUCAGUUAUUGUACCCCCUUACUCUUAGUGUGGGUGGUGGGAUGUCGGAAAAGCCAGACAACAAUAUGGUGAAGUUCCUGGCUCCCCCUCAGAAGAGUGGAAAUGGCCCCAGUUCUGGUUCAGAUUCGAUGGUGAGUGAAGGCCGGUCGGAAGUGAGACGCCGGCAUCACACCAUGGAGCGCGACCGAUGUAACCCUGAACACCGUUUCUUGCGCCGCAGCGUCAUCAGCGAUUCAAACGCUACCGCAUUAGCCCUCCCUUUACCCAGCAAGAUCCCCAUCCCCGCCCCUCAGCGGGCCCCGCCGCGGGAAGCGGUCCCCCAACGUCAACAGAGCGCCGCUGUUGCUCAUUUGCCGCGGGCUGAACCAAGUUUAGCUAAAAGUGAGGACUCUGCUGACAGUGGAGGAGGAGAAGAAGGAAAAGGUGUAGAAAUAGCCAAGUUAGAUGUAGUGCCUUCAGAGCGGGAGCCUGCCGCUGUACGAGAUCUCUGCGACGGAGAGGUGGUGGUAGAAGCCCGCUCCGCACCGCGCUUAGGAACAGAAUUGCCUGGUCGAACAGAACCUGAGAGCACCGCCGAGGCCAAGUCUCCACCAGAAGAAGAGGGGGAGGAAGAGGAAAAGGACGCCAAGGCACGAGCAGAGGCAGAGCAGAGAGAAGCGGAGAAAAAAGUACAGGAUGACAUCGAAGAGGCAGAGACCAAAGCCGUGGGAACGUCACCAGAUGGGCGUUUCCUGAAGUUCGAUAUAGAAAUCGGACGUGGCUCCUUCAAGACGGUCUACAAAGGCCUGGACACCGAGACCACGGUUGAGGUGGCUUGGUGUGAACUGCAGGAUCGUAAGCUGACAAAGACAGAGAGGCAGCGCUUUAAGGAGGAAGCGGGGAUGUUGAAGGGACUACAGCAUCCCAACAUUGUCCGCUUUUAUGACUCCUGGGAGGGACCCUCCAAAGGCAGGAAGUGCAUUGUACUGGUCACUGAACUCAUGACUUCUGGCACACUGAAAACAUAUCUGAAGCGGUUCAAGGUGAUGAAAAUUAAAGUACUGCGGAGCUGGUGUAGACAAAUCCUCAAGGGACUCCACUUCCUCCAUACUCGGGCUCCCCCCAUUAUCCACAGGGACCUCAAGUGCGACAACAUUUUCAUCACAGGCCCAACAGGAUCCGUCAAGAUUGGAGACCUGGGACUGGCUACACUCAAGCGCGCAUCAUUUGCCAAGAGUGUUAUAGGUACCCCUGAGUUCAUGGCGCCUGAGAUGUAUGAGGAGAAGUACGACGAGUCAGUGGAUGUGUAUGCCUUUGGAAUGUGCAUGCUGGAGAUGGCCACCUCAGAGUACCCUUACUCAGAGUGCCAGAAUGCUGCACAGAUCUACCGCAGAGUUACCAGCGGGGUGAAGCCGGGCAGCUUUGACAAGGUGGCCAUUCCUGAAGUGAAGGAGAUCAUCGAAGGAUGUAUUCGCCAGAACAAAGACGAGAGGUAUUCAAUCAAGGACCUUCUGAACCACGCCUUCUUCCAGGAGGACACAGGGGUGCGUGUGGAGUUGGCGGAAGAGGACGAUGGAGAGAUGGAAGCUAUUAAGCUGUGGCUGAGAAUUGAGGAUGUAAAGAAACUCAAGGGGAAGUACAAAGACAACGAAGCUAUUGAGUUUUCUUUUGACCUCAACAAAGACGUCCCAGAGGAUGUGGCUCAGGAAAUGGUUGAGUCUGGUUAUGUGUGCGACGGUGACCACAAGACCAUUGCAAAGGCCAUAAAGGACAGGGUGUCUCUAAUCUGUCGCAAGAGAGCGCAGCGGCAGCAGGUCAGGGAAGAUCAGGAGAAGAGAAGGCUAGAAGAAGAACAGCAGAGUCAGCUACUGCCAGUACCGCAACCAGGUCCACAGCCAGGCACAGAUGUGCCUCAGUCCCAGCCAGUGCCACAGCCUGCUUCUUAUGCGUCUCCACAACCAAACCAACACAGCACACAGAUGUCUGCCCAACCUGCAUCUCAGCAGAGCCUUCAGAGCUCUAACUACAGCACUCCUCAGUCCAACCAACUGACCAGCAUGGCACAAGGGGUCCCUUAUGUCCCUCAAUCAACAGGGCAUGUCCCAGUUUCAGUUCAGGGUCAGAGUGUGGCUACCAUCCAGCCAGAGUCAGAGGAGCCUGAGACGGACCAACACCAACAACUACAGCACACUGGAGUCAGUCACAUUGGAGAAAGACUGUCUGGUUCCUCCAUCCUUCCUGAAGCCCAGCCUCCUCAAUCUGGAAUAUCCUACAGUUCUCCUCCCAGUCAGCACCUUCAGCUGCAGGUGUCCUGCCCGCAGACACAAAAUGACCAAAUGCAACAGCAGCAGUUGUCAGUGGUUCAACCCCAGAUGCAAGGUGUCCAGCCUGAAGUUGUUCCUGUUGCACCCAGCAGCCAGUCUGUUCCAGUGGCACCUUCACAGUACGGAGUUUACUACCAACCAUCGCUUCCCCCUCAGAUUCCCACCCAGCAAGUGAUGAUACCCCCAUCCUCUCAGUCGUCUCCCCCCCAACAGCAUCAACAGCCGGAGAGCAGCAGUACUCUUCAGAGCUCAACUCUACCACAGACACAGACGGGCGCUCAGCAGCUACAGGCUGUGAGUCUCCCUCAGUCAACACCAGUGGAUCAGCCUGCAGGGUCCGCUGUUCUGGUGCCACCAUCUGUAGAAAGCUGCCUGUCAGACACAGCUUCUGGUCUUAGUGACGGCAAUGAUGGAAGUUCUACAUCAGGAGGUCGCCACGAGGGCCGUUCGCUGAAGCGCCACCAGCGAAGAUCCGUCCGCAGCCGCUCCCGCCACGAGAAGACUGCAAGGGCCAAGCUAAAUGUUCUUAGUAUCUCUAAUGUGGGGGACAGAGUAGCAGAGUGCCAGCUAGAAACGCACAACAGGAAGAUGGUGACCUUCAAAUUUGACCUUGAUGGUGAUAAUCCGGAAGAGAUUGCAGAAAUCAUGGUUGCAAGUGAGUUCAUCUUGGAGAGUGAGCGGGAGUCCUUCAUCGAGCAGGUCCGUGAAGUUAUAGAAAUGGCUGAUGAGAAAGGAGAGGGCAUGAAGGAAGGCUUUCCACAGAUGAUUGAUCACCAACAACAGCCUGAGCUGUCUGUUCCCAUGUUGCCAGGCAUUUCCCCCAGCACUACAGCCCAGGUGGUGCAUUCAGCAGGACGAAGGUUCAUAGUCAGCCCAGUGCCAGAGUCCCGUCUCAGAGAACAGUUCUUUGGCUCUCCUUCUGCUAAUACCUCCUUUGGAGAUGAACUUGCCCCAGCUCCCUCUAUGACAUUGGGCCUGUCUCUGUCUGCUCCAUCUGGGACUCUCCAGCAGGCUUUCAGUAAAAUGAGGCAGGCUCGUGUAGAGAGAAGCAGCACACUUGAUCCCGAUCCUGCUGACCAAGAACCAGGCCCCGUCACAUCCAGUGAAGCUGUACUCGUCCCAAAUUCUAACAAAAUACUGGCUCCUCCAGAAGCUGUAACUUCCACCACUGGCGCUAUUUUUCCUGCUGCGUCUCUCCCAUUUACUGCAACAUCCUCACCACCUGCCUCUGCUGGGAGGGUUUCCCCUUCGCCUAUAUCCACCGUGUCCCAAACUCCAGCUCCUGUCACCAGUGAUCCCAGCCCACCGUCUUCCCAUGAAGCAGCCCCCUCACAGCAUCCACCAGCUGCCAGCAUCCCUCCCUCAUCUUCCACCAUUACUCCUCCAUCAGUGCAGACCUCCGUCCCAGCAGUCCUUGUGCCUCAACUGAGCGGUAGUUCUGUCUCUUCUGUUGCUAGUGUUACACCCAGUAGUACUGGCGCAGUCCCUGCUUCAGAGCAGCAGCCUUUUAAUAGUGCUGUUACGUCUUCUCAGCCUAUUAGUUCGGCCAUCCAUGGACCACAGCACGCGACCUCACAGUGUCAACCUGUCCCCAUUUCUGCUCAGCCCGCUCCUCCCACAUCGUUACCCAGUCAGGGCCAGGUGCAGCCACAGCCAGUGGAGUCGGAGGGGGCUGAGCUCCAGACCAAGACCGCUGGCAGAGAUGAUAUCCAAGCUCUAGAUAAGAAGCUACGGUCCCUUUUUAAAGACCAGAGCUCUGCCCCAUCACUGGAUCCCAGUCAGAACACAGGCACAUGCUCUCCUCCCACUGGGACUUCUUCCCCUCCGCCUGGAGCCGCCCUCGUGCCCCCAUCAAACCUUUCUCUCACAUCAGGGGUACAAGGUGUCCUGGGUUCCACAACCACCCCAGCAGGACAUGCACAGACGCCUCCAACAAAGCCCAGGGCACAGACGUUACCUACUGGUUUUGAUCAAGCUGCUACGCCUCCCUCCGACCUUGUACCUCCAUUUCCUGGACCAAACCAGUCACAGCAACCCCUGGGUAAUUUGGAUGCUGAGUUGAGGAGAGCUCUGAGCCCAGAGACUGUUCAGGGAGGUAACAGAGUCCAGCCCCCAGCAGCAGGUUUCACUCUGGGACGUUUCCAAGUGUCUGUUGCUGCUGAUGGUGUGUCCAGUAACGUUCCAGAUGCCUGCAGCGUCGUUUCCUCUUCGUCCCUCACGCCAUCCUCUACAUCCUCCUCAUCCUCCUCCUCUUCUUCAUCUUCCUCCUCCUCAUCCUCAUCCCCCUCAAGUCCAGAAAAUACCCUCCACAGGUCAUCUUCUCUGGCCAAAGGAGUUUGCGAAACUGACGGUGUAAAUGGAGCUCCGUCUCUCUCUGCCGUUCCUGCCAGUCAGUCCACCACUAUUGGGCGCUUCCAAGUGUCCACGAGCCCCAACGCCACAUCUGCGCCAACCACUGGCUCUAAAGUGGGACGUUUUUCUGUCACCGUAACCCCAGCUCCAGCAGCAGGCUCCAGUCCUUCACAUGGCUCCAGUAUGCAGAAUGGUCCCUCAUCCUCAACCUCUGAUCCUCCUAACACACAUACUCAUUACAGUAGUGACAAUGACGACGACUCUGAGACUGAAGACGAAGCUUUGCAGAAAGAAAUCAGCCGUCUCAGAGAAAAACAUAUGAUGGAGAUCCAGGCAUUGCAGACUCGUCAGAAAGAGGAGAUAGAGUCUCUGUUCACACGGAUGGGAAAACCUCCUCCCCACUCUGUCUUCUCCCCGGCUGUGGCAAUGGCUGGAGGUCGACGUAGGCGCAAAAGCCACAAAUCUGCCCGCAGUAGUGGACAGCCCAGCCCCUUGCACUCAGGAUCCCCAGCCUCUGCUCAGAGUCCUCAUGGUUCAGAGUCCUCUCCAAAGCAAAGUUCACCCUCAGCAACGGAGGCAUCACAGGCAGUUAGCAGGUCAUCCAUACAGCAGCUCAGAUCAUCUCCAUCCAUGCCCAGCCUCAGUAGUUGCUCCACAGGAUCCAGUGGGACCAGCUCCACGAAUGGUUCAGGCCACUACCAGAACCACUCUGCUACACUGACCCAGGCGACUGGACCCACUCCUCCUGCAUCUCACACCCAGAAGGGCAAGGGCACCUUCACUGAUGACCUGCACCAACUGGUGGAUAACUGGGCCAGGGACGCCAUCAACCUCUCCCAGUGCAAGAGGGGUCCUAAAACUGUCCCACAGGCAGCACUGGGACAAGACAUUAUCCCUCCAGUUAACAUGGGCCGUAAAUUCUCAGCUCCAGCGUAUCUCUGCCCAACGCUUCCCACGCCUUCCAACACCACGUCCACCACCACCACCACCACCACUCACCUCCCCAACCCAGCCAAUCCCUCCAUCCCCCAGGGGCCUCGUAAAGGCUCUCUGGGCCCAGUUGCCCCGGGGUUUGGAUACGCCUCGGCCUCGUACGGCGCUCCUCCGUGGCCAGGACCCACAGGCACAUGCCAGGUCAGCAUGCUUAACCCUGCACAGCCACUAACACAGUACCAGCCGGCGGUGACAGCCUAUCACAUCGGAGCUGCACCAGCCCCCCAGAAAUCAGUCAGCCCCGGAGGGCCCAACCUGAGGCCUACGUAGCCCAGUCAGAGCCCUGGUGAAGGCUGAGACGGAGGGCCACACAGGGCAGACAGUCGUUGAACAACAACCACUAGCUCUCUUGGCAGAUUGCAGGUUAGCUAGCUGGAUAUUGUGCUUUUUAUUUUUUAUUUUAUUUACUUUUAUUAUUAUUAUGUGGUUUUUUUUUUUUUCUGUAAAAGAGCUGACCUGUGUGGUUCAAGUCCUCUCAGGCAGAACGAACUCUGUCAGGCAAUUGGAGGGAGAGUGCAAUACACAUCCACACUUAGCCUGCCAUUAGCUGUGGAAUCGAGCUGUGACGAGUCGGUUGGUUUUGUCUGGUAAUCUACUGACCCAAAGGCAUAACCAACAACCGCCAAAGAUGUCUUUUGAGAGCAGACGCUGUAAUGUUGUCAUUCCUUUUGAAGAGGAGAAGGUAGGAAGCACUCUGGUUCACAACCUUACUGGUCCUGACUUUAAGCCGAACUGGGAUUGAAGACUAAACUAAUUCACCACAUAGACACACACGUGUUUGUGUGCGCACACCUGACUAAACAUUAAUCUGGUUGAGUGACUUGGGAUGGAAGGUUAAGUUGUCUCGGAGAGCGAGGGGGGGAGUGUACUUGAAAGUGGGAGAUAAGAGUGGGACAGUUUGUCCCAGAUGGGAAAGUAAGACUGGUGGAGGUAGAAGAAAGACGUAGUAAGUUAGGCAGGAGUGUAAUGGAUAGGGUUGCAGUAUGAAUACAUCCCAGUGGCGAAAAAUGCAAUAAUGGAAAAGAGUAGAUAUACUUUCCCUUGUAACUGUGGCCUUAAUCUCCAAACACACUUAAACAUUGACUUUGUACAUAGAUACUUCUUCACUGGGUUAUGAUUCCAUGUUUAGCAUAUUAAUGUCCCUGUGAGAGUCUGGUGUCAUUGUGAUUUGAGUUGUCUGUACAGAUUUAUUAUCAUACUGAUUUAUUCUUCGUGUAAGCCAGUGGAUCUGCCAUGUAUAAAAACAAAAAAAGGAGAAGCAUUGUCCUGGUGUUGACCACCAUUUGGAGUUUGAAUCUUGAAGAGGUGAUGCUGCUGUAAAUCACAAUCUGGGUAGGAGGGUGUUUGAAGGGUGUUCGAUUUUUGUUUUGUGUUUUUUUUUUUUUUUUUUAAACAAGAAUGAAAUCUUGUUUAGAAUCCCAAGUUGACACAUGAAACCACUUCACUUAGUGCUUAUCAAUGGAUUAUGAACCGUUCAAAAUCUACUUAUCAUACAAAAUGAAAUAGUUUUGGUUUAUUGCAGUAGUUAUUUGUGUAAAAGGGACGCAUCCUCCCAACUUCUCCCAGUUGUUUAGACAGACGGUGCAUGGACAAACAGGUUGUUAGUAAAGUCAUCUCACAUUAAAAAACAUAACAUUAGCUGUCACUUCUCAAAUCACAAGUGUCUGGGGUUCUCUCUUUCUGUGGUCUGUUUUUGUAUGCGUAUAUUUAAUAAAACAAAUGUUCUUUAUGGACCUGUAUUCAGCCAUCAGAUUUUGAUGUUGUUUCACUGUAAUUAUUAUUAAAGGUUGUUAAACAACAUGUAGUUAAGGAAUAUAAAAAGUGCAAUUGCAGGGUGGUUGUUAUUGGUAUGCUACUCACCAGGCAGGAGUAAUCCUGUGGUUUAUUAAGCUCUUCUAUCGUAUGACUGCCCUGCCCCCCUUUUCUAUUUAAUUGUAUAUAUGUUAAUGUGAGGUAAAUGCUUUCACCUAAUGCUCAGUCACUAGAGUAUGCUUGUGGUGACCCCCUCUUCCCUCCUCUCUCUCUCUCUACAUGCACAUGCACUCUAACCUGUAAACAUGAGGAACACUUUAGUGCCUUGCAUCCUCACUAAUGACAAGUUCCAGACUCAUCUAGUCCUGUAGUUGUGACUGUACUGCAGAAAAAUACGUGGCUCCAUAACCGUCACACAUCUUAAACAUGCGACUGGAUACCACACACACACAGACACACACACACACACACAGACACACACACACAGAGGACAGGACUGCAGAACAAAGAGCACACUGAGUAAUGUGGAAAACCGUUUCUUUUUCUCUCUGCAGUUACAUUUGUGUUGGUUGUGUAAUCAGCUGUGUAUUUAUAUUUGGCUCAUGCAUUCAUAAAAAAAAAAAAAGGCUGACAUUUCUUUCUCUUUUUUUUUGUGGAUUUAUCAUUAAACCGUUUUAAUAGAAGCACUUGUUUAAGGGCAGCGAGUGAGUUGUGUAUAAAAGGGUUAAAAGUUGUCGCGCCCUCGUGCCGGCUCACCCACCUCUCACACGAGUGCCAUGCUGUCAUCGUGACUCUUUCGCCCGCUCGUAGAUUUGGAUGAAUAGUUAAACUUCUCUAGAGAAAAAAUAAGUUACUGCAAUGCAGAAUAUGCAAUGUUUAAAAGUUUUAAAGGGACUGAGGGGGUAAUGGAAACAUUUGCAUGCUGAUGAGGGUUGUUACAGACUUCAGUGUUUUUGAUAUUGGAAUAUUAGAGAUCUUUGUUGUUGUUUUUUUUUUUUAUUAUUUGCCUUUCUGGGACUCAUCACUUUAGUGUUGAUCUGUUGAAUUGCCAUUCACCAAUAUCACAGGCACAACUUCAAUAUCAGACUAUCAGCAUAUGGUUUCUGCAUGCCGGCUUCACUGAUGUUUAAUCUUACAAAUGACAACCAACUCACAACUGGCCACUGUACAGCACAAGCUCUCAACGAAGCUUAAGGUCCAUGUGCUACAAUGCUACUAUCAGUAAUUAUCAGACUUCUGUACAGUACUGUUUGACGCUACUGACACACAGUAAUAUCUGUCUCUUAUUUCUGAUCCCUCCUUACUGACUUCCUGUGAUUCAGUGUCUGUUUUGUGUAUGUUUUUCACAUUGUACAAAAUGUAAAAACAAAUAAAAAUAAUAUUGCAACCAGA